GGCCUCCGACCAGGCUGGAGCCGGAUUGUGUGUGAGAGCUGAUCGCUAACAAGGCGGAGGGAACACGAGAAAAUAAAAAAAUCAACGUUAGAUGCGCAGCUCGCACUUUAAUCAGAGUUGAAAUGGGUAAAAGUAAAACCGCAAAGUUUAAACGUCCGCAGUUCAACUCGGUCGGUUUGCCGGUGAAUGCUGUGAAGGAGGUGGACGCUGAAGAGGAACAGCUCGACGAUGACGGUUGUCCAGCUGCGGAGUUGCUGGAAAAAUUGCAGAGUCCCAGCGCAGAUGUCCGAGAGUUUGCAUGUGCCAGCAUUUCACGGGUGGUGCAGCAGAGCCAGACCAUCCCAGGUUUCCUCCAGAGGGAUGCUGUCAGACGCCUGGGCCCCAUGUUACUGGACAGCAGCCUACCUGUCAGGGAGACCGCCACCGGAGCACUCAGGAAUCUGAGUGCAUGUGGAGGUCAGGAAGUGUGCGAGGACAUGGUGAAGCACGACGUCAUGACUCCUCUGACAGCACUGCUUAGAGAGUGCUGUGCUGGUUUUGAAAGUGCCGUCGUGCCGAUGAAAGAGCAGAAGAACCUAGUGGAGGAUGUGGCAAACGAGGCCGUGAACUUACUGUGGAAUCUAUGUGAGAGCAGCAGCCAGGCGCUGUCUGUGUUCAACAAGUCGGGUCUCUUGGAUGUGGUUGUCCAGUGUCUGGAGAGGCAGCCACACAACGUGGAGCUGGCCAUAUCUGCUGCUCACUGUUUGCACACUGUGACGGAGGACAACCCUGAGCUGCUGUGUAGCUUGAACACUGCUGUGCUCGGAGCCUUGGAGAAUGUGCUGCUCUCAUCUCAGCCAGGCAUGGCUCACCAUCUCCUCAGGACGUUAGCUGCAGGGACGCUGUGGAACAUGAAGGGGAGCUUGCCUGCUGCCCGUCAGGCCCAGACUGUCACCGCCGUGGUGGCCACCUUGUCACGGUGUCUGGAUUUGGACGCAGGUACGCUGAUCCCUGAACUCAGAGAAGCAGAAGCGCUGCAUCAUAGAAACGCACCAGCUGAGACCAACGCAGAAGAGGCUGCUGCAGCGGAGCUCGCCGUGGAGGAGAUGGACGAGGAGGAGGAAGCACCGAAACAGAGGAGAAAUGGGAAAGCUGUCAAGGUUGAUAAUGACUUCUCCGACCUCCUGCCUAGGGGCAAGGAGGAGCUGAGGGAGGCAACGGCCUUGCUGACAGCCCAGCAAACGUCCUUAGAGAUCAUUGUCAACAUGUGCUGCUCUGACGACCCCUCUGAUGACGAGUGGGAAGAGGAAUCCAGCAGUGACGAGAGCGACUUGGGUCCGGAUGGCCUUUGUGACGGACUGUCCAACCUGAUGUCUCCACUGUGUUUGUCAGCUGAGGUUCACGGGGCCUUGAUCAACCACAGCAUACCAGAAAAGGUUCUCAAAAAGACAGAGUUCCCUAGAAAUGAAGCCAUGGACGUGUGCCAUCAGAAUCCCUCCUGGAGAGGCCUGAUAAAAAAGAUGCAGCGCGUCCAGUCCCGGGCGCUGACGUGCCUCCACAGCAUCCUCUCCACCAUGGAUGCUGAGUCUCUGGGCGGUGCGGCGGCCCUGCAGGGAGCAGCACAGCAUCUGUCCACGCUGGUCUUUGGUGCCGCAGAGCUUACCAAAGAUGAGGAGUUCCUCGAGGCAGUCAUCAGUGCAAUGCGGUCUCUUUUACAGAUGAUCGCCUCCAAAAAUAUCCCCCAGUGUAUGACCCCCCAGCAGCUGAUGAGCCUGAGCGAAGCAGCCACCCGCUGCGAUGUUGUCAGUGUGAGGGUCAACGCCGUCGCCAUCCUGGGCAUCACUGGCAGCACGUUAGCCAAAGAGAAGGGCACUGCAGAAACCCUUCAGAUGAUUGGAACCGCUUUACUUCAAGUUGCCACAAGGGACGCCGACCUGGUGGUAAAUGGAGAAGCCCUUGACGCUUUAUUUGAUGUUUUCGCGGAUGGAGACGAAGCAGAAACAGCUGCGAAAAACAUCCACUUACUGCCUGCACUGAAGGCACUUCAACCUGUUUUCAAGGCCAAGAUACGCAAAGAAGGAAAAGGCAAAUACACCCCUCAGCAGCUGUGUGUGCUGGACAACAUCAAAGUCAACCUGAGGAGAUUUAUUGGUUACCUGGAGAAGGUGGUGAAAAAAUGAGAACUUUCCGUACUUCAUAUUCCGAUCGGUUGAACCAAUAUGAUUUGGACGGGAGUGUGAAAUGAGGCAGAAUAUGGUUUUGAAACCAUUAAGUAUUUAUGUUUAUAUUCUUGAAAUAAUUGUUUACUGUUUUAUUAGUGAUGUGAAAGUUUAUUUGUGGUGAAGAGAAAAAAAAAGAGUGGAAACUAAGAAUUAUUAGUUGCUGCAUGUAGCAGAUAAGGUUUUUUUGUUGUUGUUGUUUUUUUUUGCUUUCAUUUAACUCAGAAAGAUUUACAAACAUGAAGUUGUUUAAUGUAAUCAUGUCUCCCAGUAGCAUUUUUCAGAGAUCAUGGCUGACACUGCCUCUCACCCCCUUCCUUUUAUCCCAUGUUUCAAUGGGCUUAACGUUGAUAUUUGCAUUUCUGCUGCAAGGAGGCUGAGCUGUUCUAAGAGCUGGAUAGUUAUAAUGAUUCAAAUAUCAGCUACUUAAUGACAAAGAGAAGACUUUGUUUUAUGGACAUUAUACAUUGGAAUCAUAUUUUUUCUCAAAAAAAAAAAAAAAUGAACAAAUGCUAUUUAUUUUUGCAAUUACUGACUCAGCUCAUACAGCUUGCUGGUACAUUUGUGUCUGCAAGUCACUACAGCAGAAAGCAUUCUUAUCAGUGGUAUUCUAAAAUAAUUGAUAAUAGGUUUGGGUGUCUUUAAAACUCACAAGAUGAUAAUCAGCCCUGUGCUACAACAGAGCAGGUUUGAAAUAAGUAAAUCUCCUUCGUGUCAUCUGUUUUGCACCUGAUCCAUCGAUCAUCACGCUUUACGUAACUGACAAACUCAAGUCUUUGGCCUUUUUUUUUUUUGUCUUGGUUUCUGAAAACUUUUUAGGAAAAUAUCAAUAAAACUCCUUAUCACUGAAUAAAGAAAACUAUUUAAUUUGAGGGAGAGUGUGUCACCAGGCUGUGAACAAAUGCCUUUUUUUUUUUUUAAAUGAAUCAUGAUUUCUUGAGAUGUCUCUUUUCUUUUGCACCACAUGACCAGUCAAUGAACCAGUAAGCCCAACGGAUCUGUAUGUCUCCUACCAAAUGCUGUUAUUUGAAGUAUCUGUAACUGAUAGUUUGAUGCUGAUUGUUGUUGCUACACACAACAAAGUCCUUACAAUGCAAUUUUACUGCAUUUUAACAAGAUUAAAAAACACUGUACAGAACAAGCUGCAACACAGCUACAUUUGACCCCCACCAUAUUACAUCAUAUAAAAAAGGUACAAUCUACUUGCAAGUAGUGCUGAAGCAGUUAGCGAAUCAGUUAAAUUGGAUAUGUUUUGUUGGUAUGUAUAUAUAGGUAAAAAUAUUGCUAAAGCAUCAAAGAUGGUGUAAUUUCAAAAAUAUAAAAUGAAGAAAGAAAAAAAAUCAAGAGAAAUAAAGAAAUUGAGUAAGAUGA